AUGUCGGAUGAAAGCUCUAGAAGCACCCAAGACAGCUAUCAUCGGGCUCUCAAGGGUUUCGAAGCACUGGACAGCCCGUUGGGGAUCAUUCGACAUGCCACCUUUGUCGAGAGUCAAUAUCGUUGCUUUUUAGUGACAAGAGACAAUGUGACGACAAUGCUACAAUCAACUCAAGAUCAAGCUAGGAAAAUCCUCGCCAGACAAAUUAUCACAAAGUUGCAAGAGAUUCCUCUAUCAAUAAGUUGGGCCUGCCUGGAAAUGAUGGAGGAGGAGUGGACUGGACGUUCUCGGAUGCCACGAUCACAUCAUCUCGAUCAAAUCAAAUUUUAUGCUUCAGUGACAUAUGCUUCAUUCCUACUGCCGAACUGGGUGAAGGUUCGGGAAUUGACCGUGAUCGCCGUUGCUGAAGACGCAUUUGAGGAUCUCGUUAUGGCCUCCAUGUACAGCCGACGGCGAGUAACUUGUCAGCCGCCUUUGGUGGGAAAUGAAUGUGAAAUCGAAGUGCUGAAGAACAUCAUCGCUAAACUUCAUGCGGGAAAUACGAAACACACCCUCUUCGCUGCCAUCCGACGAAUUUGCCGGAGAGUAGAUGGCGGGGGAUCUCGGAUUUGUUUGGUGGCUAGCAAUUCAACUCCUAGGGAUAUCGUCCAUUACAUUUACAACCAGUUCAAGAAAGGGGAACUCGAACCUCAAGAACCAUUUUUGAAUACAUCGAGUUCCUUUGACCAGAUACAUUUGUCAACUUCAUCACUGGAGCCUUUUGACUUUGGUAAUCUCAAUGUUUCCUCAGACGGGUGUGUUCUGGUCUAUGCUCACGGCCACCAACACGAUGCUGGACGCCAGAUGAGCUCGGUAUGCGUCUUUCUCAUGGAUGGACCACCCGAUUUACCAACGCCAGCGAUUUUAGGCAUGGUAAUCAAAAACACGUUUGAGAACCAUGAUGUCUAUCACACCUCGCGAAUUCAUAGGGUCCCGAACAUCCGCGGCUUCGGAAAGGAUAAAGCUGGAAAACGGUGGAAUAUUGAAAAAUCUUAUGGUAUUUUCUCACAAGGAUCUGAAUUUGUGGAUUGGAUCCUAUCUCUGGGAUGCGACCCUCCCGUUCGCCAAGGUUCGUCACGGCCUGGGCUAAGCGCGGAUCUCUUUUCGCGCAUUCUUUACCCUUGGCAGGAACCUGGAUAUAUAAAUUCAUUCAUCGCGAGGCGGAUCUUUCACAUUUACAAAAUUGUCACUCGGGAGGUUCGAUACUGGCGGACUAUUGCGAAAGAAUGCAAAGAUCAGGGGAUCGACUGCUGUGAUAUUUGUGCCGGUGAAGUGGAAAUUGGGGCAAAUAUUUGCAAACAGUGCGGUGUCGAGAUCGUCCAAGUAGACGAGUUUUGGUUCAAAAAUGCCCUUCUUGGGAGGCAGCCAAUUGACUACAGACCCAUCGACCCAGACUCUCGAGAAUUCGCGCAAAAUCUGCGCUUCGAUCUGGAAUAUCAUGAAGCAGGCGAUAUCAAUAUCAAGUUUGAGAAAUAUCUCAGUUUUUACGAGGAAUUAGAUGAGGGAUACGAUGACUUGCAGGAAUUACGAGUGCAAACUAGGAAGUUUGAGAGGAUCCAGCUGGAAGCAGAGUGGCCUUCCAGGAAACGAAAAAGAUCUAGUGAGAUAGGUUCAGAAGCUGACAUUGCGGAGUAG